AUGCCAAAAGCCACAACCAGGCCGCGGGCGGGCGUUCGCGCAACCACCCAGAAGACCGAGAAUCACAGUGGAGUCUCCGACGCAGGAUCCAUCCAAAGAGAGGAGCCCAUCGCGCGGCCUCCCCAGCAGCCUCCGCGCCCCCUCAGACGUCCAUACAUGCGGCCACAUAUAUAUGGUUCUGGUUCGCGAGACGUUUCUUCUGCCAGCUCUCUGGAGAACCACGAGGCCUGUCUGGCUACGGUCGAAACAUUGGAACGGGAAAAUGUAGCAUUGCGGAGGGACAAGAAGACCCUGUUGGAGCGCCUUGAAAGCGCGGAAAGUGCAAUGCAGGAAUUGUUGAGUAACCAGCAUCGGUGCAGACAAGAGUUCUCUGAGUGGCAGGUGGCUCAACAACUGGUCGAUGAAAUGCAGCAUUCCGUUGCAGGUUGGCACCAGCGGCUUCGGAGCCCGGCUGGUGUACCAGAACGUGUGGACCCAGCUGCCCUGACUACUGCUCUACCGACAACGACAGCGGUACCGGACAUGUGGCCUACUCAGGAGGAUGAAGGGGGUGCAUUUGGCGGUGACCACGAUAUGGUACCCGACUCUGGUAACUUCGCGCAGCUUUUCCAGUUGUAG